AUGAGUUUGGAAAUGACUUUUGAUGACCUGAAGAUGAAACCUAUGAAGGACCAGCCUAAUCACAAAUCAUAUGGAGAGAAAGCUAAAGGUCUUCGUUUUCUUUCUUCUUUGUGGUGGUGCCCUGCUACUAUGACUCUGGGGAUCAUUUGCCUGGGAUUAUUGGUGAUCAUUAUAAUGCUGGGGAUGCAAUUAUUUCAGGUAUCUGAGCUGUUAAAGCAAUGCCAAGCAAACCUUACUCACCAGGAAGAUAUCCUGGAGGGACAGGUCUUAGCCCAGGAGCAGGCUGAAAACACUUCACAGCAGUCACAGAGGGAACUCAAAGAAAUGAUAAAAACCCUUGCCUGGAAGCUUGAUGAGAAAUCCAAAAAAGAAGUGGAGCUCCACCAGCUGAACUUGGACCUUCAAGAAGCGCUGAGGAGAGUGAAAAACUUUUCAGGACUUCAUCUGGCAAAUGACUUCCCACUCCAGUUUCCCAUUCUGGACAGGACUGUCUCUGAGGAAGCCCAGCUCAUGGCUCUGGGAGGACGGUUCUCCCUUGAGAUCCCGCUUAUUUAGACUUCAAGGUGCUUUUUCCCAGAUGUACCCUUCAGGCACCUGUGCAUAUCUACAAC